GACUCGGCUCCGGGCCGUCCUCCGCCGGGUGUCAUGGCAGCCUCCACGCGCUGCGGCUUGUGCCUGCGGCUCCGGCCGCUGAAGAGCCCGGCCUUGCUCGGGCCGGGCCGGGCCCAGCGGCUCCCUCCUAGACAGGCGCGAGCGCUCUGGGGAAGCGCGAAGCCCAGGACCGUAGCCGUGGACUUGUGCGGCAGAAAACUAGAAAUAUCCUCUGGAAAACUGGCUAGAUUUGCAGAUGGCUGUGCUGUAGUACAGUCAGGUGAAACAGCUGUGAUGGUCACAGCAGUUAGUAAAACAAAACCUUCACCUUCUCAGUUCAUGCCUUUAGUGGUUGACUAUAAACAGAAAGCUGCUGCAGCAGGCAGAAUUCCCACAAACCAUCUUAGAAGAGAGUUUGGUUCUUCUGAUAAAGAAAUUCUCACAAGUCGAAUUAUAGAUCGUUCAAUCAGGCCACUCUUUCCGUCAGGCUACUUUUAUGAUACACAGGUUCUUUGUAAUCUUUUAGCGGUAGAUGGUGUUAAUGAACCUGAUGUCUUAGCAAUUAAUGGUGCCUCUGCAGCCCUCUCAUUAUCAGAUAUUCCUUGGAAUGGUCCCAUUGGUGCAGUGCGAAUAGGAAUAAUUGAUGGAGAAUAUGUUGUUAAUCCAACUCGAAAAGAAAUGUCCAAUAGUACUUUGAAUUUAGUUGUCACUGGAGCACCUAGUAGUCAAAUUGUGAUGUUGGAAGCUGCUGCAGAAAAUAUAUUACAGCAGGACUUUUGUCAUGCCAUCAAAGUCGGGGUGAAGCAUACCCAACAGAUAAUCCAGGGUAUCCAGAAAUUGGUGAGAGAGAGUGGUGUGUCUAAGAGGACCCCUCAAAAGCUAUUUUCUGCACCACCAGAGAUGGUGAAAUUUGUCAAUAAACAUGCCAUGGAAAGGAUCUAUGCCGUUUUUUCAGAUUUUAAUCAUGACAAAGUUUCCAGAGAUGAUGCUAUUAACAAGAUAAGAUUAGAUGUUGAAGAACUACUAAAAGAAAAGUUUCCAGAAGCUGAUCCGUAUGAAAUCAUAGAAUCUUUCAAUGUUGUUUCAAAAGAAGUUUUUAGAAAUAUUGUCUUGAAUGAAUACAGAAGAUGUGAUGGACGAGAUUUGACAUCACUCAGGGAUAUUAGUUGUGAAGUGGACAUGUUCAGAACCCUUCAUGGAUCAGCACUGUUUCAGAGGGGCCAGACACAGGUACUUUGUACAGUUACAUUUGAUUCUUUAGAAUCCAGCGUGAAGUCUGAUCCUAUUACAACAGCCAUUAGUGGAGUAAAACAGAAAAAUUUCAUGCUGCAUUAUGAGUUUCCUCCUUAUGCAACUAAUGAAACUGGCAAAGUCACUGGUGUGAAUAGAAGAGAACUUGGGCAUGGUGCACUUGCUGAAAAAGCUUUGUAUCCAGUUAUUCCCAAAGAUUUCCCUUUCACUAUAAGAGUUACAUCUGAAGUUCUGGAGUCAAAUGGUUCUUCUUCUAUGGCAUCUGCAUGUGGUGGAAGUUUAGCAUUAAUGGAUGCAGGAGUUCCGAUUUCAUCUGCUGUUGCGGGUGUGGCAAUAGGACUGAUUUCCAAAAACAAUUCUGAGAAAGAAGGUGAAAUUAAAGAUUAUCGUUUGCUGACAGAUAUCCUGGGAAUUGAAGAUUAUAAUGGUGACAUGGAUUUCAAAAUGGCUGGAACAAAUAAGGGAAUAACUGCAUUACAGGCUGAUAUCAAAUUACCAGGAAUACCAAUAAAGAUUGUAAUGGAGGCAAUUCAACAAGCUACAGUGGCGAAGAGAGAAGUAUUACAGAUUAUGAACAAGACAAUUACAAAACCUCGAGAAAGUAGAAAGGAAAAUGGACCAGUUGUAGAAACAGUUCAGGUGCCAUUGUCCAAAAGAGCAAAGUUUGUUGGACCAGGAGGAUAUAACUUAAAAAAACUUCAGGCCGAAACAGGGGUAACUGUUAGUCAGGUGGAUGAAGAGACAUUUUCAGUAUUUGCACCAACACCUAGUGCUAUGAAUGAAGCAAGAGAAUUCAUUACUGAAAUCUGCAAAGAUGAUCAAGAGUAUGAGUUAGAAUUUGGAGGAGUUUAUACUGCCACGAUAACUGAAAUUAGGGAGACAGGAGUAAUGAUAAAACUUUAUCCAAAUAUGACUGCAGUACUCCUUCAUAACACCCAACUUGAUCAAAGAAAGGUUAAACAUCCAAGUGCCUUGGGAUUAGAAGUUGGUCAAGAAAUUCAGGUGAAAUACUUUGGACGUGACCCUGCUGAUGGGAGAAUGAGGCUUUCCCGAAAAGUGCUUCAGGCUCCAGCUACCAAUGUGAUCAAAACUCUAAGUGACAAAAGCAGUAUUGUAAUGGGAGAAUCUGUUCCACAGUCAUCCAGUUCUUCUUCCCAGUGAUAAUGUGAGAAAAAAAAUCGAAGAUGUUAUUUAUACGCUGAUCAAGAUUUCAAAAAUUCCAGAAUAUCUUCUAUUGUUCAGAUUUACAUAUAAAUAUAGUCCUAAUAAUUUGUAUCAAAACUACUUUGACUUUUUCCACUUAAUAUUUCGUUUUAGCAGCAGCCCAAUAUUACCAUUUUUUUUUUGUUUAUAUUUACCUCUGAAAAUAGAAAAGUGACAUUUUUAUACUCUAAAACAUACUUCAAACUGCCACAGAGAGAAGCAGUAUGGUAUUAGUGGAAAAAAUAGUCCUGGGGGCAGGUAGGUGGUACAGUGGAUAAAGCACCAGCCCUGGAUUCAGGAAGACCUGAGGUCAAAUCCAGCUUCAGACACUUGACACUUACUAGCUGUGUGACCUUUGGGCAAGUCACUUAACCCUCAUUGCCCCACCCAAAAAAAAAUUUUUUUCCUGGAAUCAGAGGACCUCAGUUCAUAUGUCUCUCCCAACAAAAUACUCAUGCAUAAUCAGUAUCAAUCCCCCUGCUUUUUAUUUGUAGGUUAUCACAUAGCCAAUUCAGUGCCUGCCUGCUUAGACUAAUAGCUGGUUCCAAAUCAAUCUGUAAAAACUGAAGCCUAAUUUUAUAAAAAGAGUAAUCAAUUUUUGCUUUCCUUCUACUCAUUUUUAAGAUAGUACAGUUAUCCCUUCCAGAUCAUAAGGGUUGGUGGCUUGGCACUGCCAUGAUUUGGAAAAUGUGCAUAAAACUUUUUGCCCCUCCCGUCAUACCAAAGAAAUCUGAAUUAUUAUGGUAUUUAAAGAUAAAACAUGUUGCUCUUACACAAUACUAUAUUUUGCGCAUUUCUUGUUUCUGAACUUUUUCUGUUAUCUGCUGUCUAUUGCAUUGUCUGUAGCUUCCACAAAACUCCCCAAAAUAUCCCAUUUAAUUUCUUAUGCCAUCCUAUGAUAUAUCAAAACCUCAACAGGGUGGAAGGGAUAACUGUAGUGAAGAGUAGCAGUGGUUAAUUUAUUUACAGGUUAGAUACCAUAGAGCAAGGCUUCUUAAACUUUUUCCACCAGUGGACCCCUUUUUUACCCAAGAAAUUUUUAUGCAACUCUGGUUAUAUAGGUAUAUAAAAUAGGUAUAUAUAAGCUUCUACUGUUGCUAUAUUUUUCACAACCCCCACAUGCAAUUACGUGACCCCAUGGGGUCACAACUCAGUUUAAGAAGCUAGGCGCUAGAGCAUGGGUUCUUAACCUUUUUUUUGUAUCACAGACCCCCUUGGCCAUUCUGUGUACUGUUGAUCCUUUCUCAGAAUAAGGUUUUCAAAUACGUAAAAUAAAAUACAAAGGAUUACAAGAGGAAUCAAUUACAUUUAAAUAGUUAUCAAAAUAUUUUUUAUAAACAAGUUCACAGACUCUAGAACUCCUGCCCCAGA